AUGCUACCCAUCUCGAUUCCCGAUAUCCCCCUCUCGCUUCUUGCGCCUGCCGCCGCAACCACUUUCGCAUACCUGAAUGCCAAGUACGCGCUAUUCUAUGAUGUCAAGUUGAUCGGUGGUUUGCUCAAAUCAAUCGUCAAAUCCCGCCUUGCCUUUCGUCGGGAUAGCGUGAAUCUCUUCUACAUCCUGGAACAGCAUGCGCUGGCCCCCGCGACCAAAGAUGCCGAAUUCGUCGUCUACAACGGACGCUCUUGGACCUUCCACGAAACGUAUGUGACGGCGUUGCGCUAUGGCACCUGGUUGAAGAAUGUUCACGGGGUCAAGCCCCGGGAAGUCGUGGCAAUUGAUUUCAUGAACUCCUCCACGUUUGUCUUCUUGAUGAUGGGUCUCUGGAGCAUCGGUGCGGUGCCCGCCCUGAUCAACUAUAACCUGGCGGGGAAGCCCUUGUCGCACAGCAUCCAAACCUCGACGGCGCGGCUGCUCAUCGUGGACGAAGAAGUCCACCCAUCUUUCCCACCGGAGCAGAUCGAGACCUUGAGAUCGCCCGACUUCCGCGAAGGAAAGGGCCCGGUAGAGGUGGUCUUUUUGACGCCCGAGGUGGAGAACCAAAUUCUUCAGACGGAAGCCACGCGAGAGGAGGACGAAGCUCGCAGUGGCGCGACGCUUCGAGACAUGGCGAUGCUGAUCUACACCAGCGGCACUACCGGUCUUCCCAAGCCCGCGAUCGUCAGCUGGAGGAAAUGCUGGAAUGGAGGUAUCUUCGUGCCGAACUGGCUUGGCCUGUCGAAGGGCGAUCGGUUGUUUACAUGCAUGCCGCUCUACCACUCGUCGGCCUGCAUUUUAGGGCUUGUGUCCUGCCUGAUGACUGGCACCACCAUCAUCAUUGGUCGCAAAUUCUCCGCCCGGAACUUCUGGAGAGAAGCGCGCGAGAGCAACGCCACCAUCGUUCAAUACGUGGGCGAAACCCUCCGAUAUCUGCUAGCCGUCCCUCCCACCAUCGACCCCGUCACCGGAGAGGACCUAGACAAGAAGCACACGAUCCGCGCCGCCUUCGGCAAUGGCUUGCGACCCGACAUUUGGAACCGCUUCAAAGAGCGAUUUAACGUCCCCACCAUCGCCGAGUUCUACGCCGCCACCGAAGGCACCUCGGGAUCCUGGAACCUGUCAUCCAACGACUUCACCGCCGGCGCCAUCGGCCGAAACGGCGGACUGAGCUCGCUGAUCCUCGGCGGCGGCAUCACAGUCGUCGAGGUCGACCACGAAUCCCAGCAACCCUGGCGCGAUCCCGCCACCGGCCUCUGCAAGGCCGUUCCGCGCGGUGAACCAGGCGAGCUCAUGUGGGCGAUCGACGCGCGUGAUCCGGGCGACAAAUUUCAGGGCUAUCUAGGGAACUCCAAGGCCACGGAGGGGAAGAUCCUGUACGACGUGCUCCGCAAAGGCGACGCGUACUUCCGCACCGGCGACAUGGUGCGCUGGGACCCCGAGGGCCGAUGGUUCUUCAACGACCGCCUCGGCGACACCUUCCGCUGGAAGAGCGAGAACGUAUCCACCAGCGAAGUGGCCGAGAUCCUCGGCGCCCAUGCCGACGUGCACGAGGCCAACGUGUACGGCGUCGCACUGCCCAACCACGACGGCCGCGCUGGCUGUGCCGCCGUCGUCAUGGAGCAGCAGCUCCAGGCGACUGAUACCUCCGUCUUGUCGCCUCCCAGCCCGACGACGCUUGAGAGCCUUGCUGCGCAUGUCCUGAAAAGCCUUCCGCGCUACGCUGCGCCGCUGUUCCUGCGCUUCACGCCGCAGAUGCAGGCCACGGGGAACAACAAGCAGCAGAAACACGUUCUGCGGACCGAGGGUGUGGAUCCGUCCCUAGUCACGGCCGCCGACAAGAUCUACUGGCUUCAGGGGAACACCUACGUGCCGUUUGAACAGAAGGACUGGGACAGACUUCAGGGGGGGCAGGUGAAGCUGUAG